AUGGGCAGCGUGCUGUCCGGCGAGGCGGACAAGGUCUCGCUCACGAAGGCGCGGCGCCUCUGCGAGAACGCAGGCCGCAGCUGGGACGAUGCGUGGAGCGCGAUGUUCUUCGCGGCGCGCACGGAUCUGCUCGAGGCGCUCCGUGCCGAAGAAAUCGCCGCGCUGGCCCCGGCGCCUGCGGCAGCUGAGGACGUGGACGUCGCGGACGCUGGGGACGUUCCCGAGGCGGACCCGGACGAGGCCGCGUUCGGCGGCGGAGAGGAGGCCGACGCCUUGGAAAACGACGGCGACGACGGCGCGGCCGACGACGACGACGAGGCCGACCCGCUCACGGCCGACGGUCGGCCGGCGGCGGACCGCGACGACCGCUUCGCCGCGGAGAUGAAGCUCCUCGUCAUGCACGAGAUGGAGGCCCGCAUGACCGUGUCCGACGACUUCGCGCGGCAGCAGGCGGAGCGACGGUCGCGGCUCACGGAGCGCCUCGCGGCCCGCGCCGAGACGCGCGAGUCGCGCGUCGCCGUCAACGAGGAGAAGCAGUGGCGGAGCAAAUUCGCCGAGUACCAGGCGGCCAAGGCGGCGAAGCUCGGCGAACCGCGGCGGCCCGCGGCGUCCGCGAAGACCUCCGAGCCGCGGCCGCCGCAGCGCGCCGACGCGCCUGAACAACUAGAGCCGCGGCGGCCCGACGCGGAGCGGGAAGGCGAGGCGCGGCCCCGCGCCGGCGUCGUCGCGACGGCGCCGGCCGCGCCCCUCGACGCGCCCGACGACGUGCCCCUCGACGCGGCGAUCGAGGCCGCGAUCGAGGCCGUGGGCGGCGAGGGCGUGGCGAAGGGCAAGGACCGCGAGAAGCGGGGCUCGUUCGCCAAGCUCCACAAGGUCCGCGACACGCUCCGCAUCCUGCGCGCGUGGCUCCCGAAGCAGCGGCUCCGCGCGGCCUGGGCGCUCGAGGGCGGCGCGUCGGCCUACGGCGACGCGACGAGCGUGCGCUUCGCCGUCGGCCAGCGCCUGCGGCUCAGCGUCGACGCGGAGUUCGUGCUCUGCGAGGUCGUCCGCUCGCCGGCGAGCGACGCCGAGGGCUCGGUCCACGGCGUCCGCGUCGUCGGGACGGCCGGCGACUCGCGGGACGUGGACCUCACGAAGAGCGUCUGGAAGUGCGACGCGGCGCCGACGCCGCUGCCGCGGUCGCUCGGGACGCCCGGGUCCUGGGACGCGGCCGUCGCGGCCGUCGGCGGCACGCGGUUCCCCUACGCGCUCGAGUUCGGGCCCUCGGCGACGAACCCGCGGUCCACGUACCCCGGCCGGCCGCCGUCUCCGCACGACGUGGCGAUCCGCGCGACGCUCGGGUGGCCGCUGGCUCCGGCCGCGGCGGGCGCGUACUUUACGCUCGCGGGCAUCUCUCGCAAGCAGAUCUCGGACGCGCGGCACCGCCUCGUGGCCCCCUCGGCGGACCGGGGCUUCUACCUCCUCGUCCGCGACGUCGACGGGCGCCGCGUCGCGGUCGGCGAGGUCCGCGCGGGCGCGGCGUACAAGGACGCGCGCUUCUACAACACCAAGGCCGUGCUGCGGAGCUCGGACUGGCUCGAGGACCUGUCGAUCGCCUACGCCGCCAAGAAGCGGCAGCCGGCCCGGGUCUCGACGUGGCCCGGGUUCGCCGUCGACGUCGUCAGCGUCCGGUCCGCGACGCGCGUCGCGCGCGGCGACGACGGGACCUGGGUCGACUCGGAGACGCGGCGCGAGGCGACCUUCGCGCAGCUCCGCGUCGCGGCCGCCAGCAAGGAGCAGGCGCCCAAGGGCCUCGAGCAGCACCUCAAGCAGCUCCUCGCGUCGACGUUCCCCGCCGUCGACGACGCGGACGUCCGCUCCGUCGCCGCGACCGCGCGCGUCCGGGCGCCGCCGCAGACGCUCGCCUGCGCGCUGGGCCACCGGUUGCGCCUGCGGCCGGGAAAACACGCCUGGGGUGCGGGGUCCAUUGGCGCCAGCGGCACCGUCGUGGGCCUCGACACCCGGAGCGGCCUCUACGCCUUCCGCGUGGACAACCACGGGCUCCGCGGCGGCGUCCCCGAGAGCUCCGAGGCCGCGCGGUCGCUCUGCUCCGGCGCUCUCGGUCCGGAGGCCUUUUUGCUGAACCCCGUGCUCCAGCGGAACGCGACGCCGGCGCCGAGCCACGCCUACGUGCCGGGGCAGCGGCUCCUCGUGCUCGACCCGGCGACGCGGCUCCGUGAGGACGCGCUGGUCGUGUCGGCCGCGGGCGGCGGCCGCCCCGCGGUCGUGCGGUUCGAGGACCGGGACGAGGACGAGCCCGUGGAUCUCAACGCCUUCAAUCACAGCGUCGCUCGCAUGUCGCGCGCGCACCUCGUGUCCGCGCUCCGCGAGUACGCGCGCGCCGUCGCGCUCGAGAACGAGUUCGUCGAGGACGCGAUCACGGGCAAGCACCUGCACGCGCUGCGCCAGACGCUCCACAUCGGCCUCGCGGAGCGCGACGGCGUCGGCGGCGUCGCCGCGGAGCGCUACGGCGACGCGCGGCGGUCGUCGGACCUCGUCGCGCUCCUCACGGAGCCGCAGCAGGGCGACGGGUCCGCGGGCGAGGCCGCGGCGCAGCCCGUGCUCAUCAUGGCCGAGGCGGGCACGGGCAAGUCCUGGAUGACGAAGCAGAUCGCCUGCGCCGCCGCGAAGGCCGUGCAGACGGGCGACCCCGCGGGCCAGUUCUACCCGCUCGUCAUCUACGUCCAGGAGCUCGCGCACCUCAUCCGGAGCCGCCGCGACGAGGUCGCCGAGGGCAGCGCGUUCGUCCACCUCGUCGAGGCCUUCAUCCGCAUCAAGUUCGGCGACCAGCCCGCGACGUGCGCGGCCCUGCUCCAGUGCUUCCAGCAGCGCACGCUCUGCGUCAUCGUCGACGGCAUCGACGAGGCCGCGGACCUCAAGGCGCUCAUCGAGAACUUCAUCUUCCGCGAGAUCGUGCCCCUGGGCCACCGGCUCCUCGUCACGAGCCGGCCCGAGGCCAUCGACGCCAAGCGCUACGCGCCGUCCUUCGUCCUCCUCAGCCUGCGCAAGCUCGACGCGGAGGCCCAGGCGCUCGCGAUCCGCCAGCAGGUCGAGGACAACGAGUAUUUCCAGCGCCUCGCGGCCUUUGCGGAGGUCCGCCUGCGCCACGACGCGCUCUGGGGCCACGUGCCCGAGGACCAGCAGGAGGCGUUGGAAAAGCUGGCGAGCCGCGACGCCUUCUUCCUGCGCGAAGGCCGUCGAGAUCCCGAGGCGCGCCAGCGGGGCCUCGGCGGCGCCCUGGUCGCGCGCCGCGACGCGCCGGCGGCGUCGGCGACGCUCCGAGGCCUCGACGACCGCCUCGCGCUCCUCGCCUGCGCGCGGCCGCCGCCGGGCGCGGCCUACGACCACCGCCAGGAGUGGGCCGACGAGACCGUCGAGGAGCUCGCCGCCGAAGCCGGGGGCGCCGACGGCGGCGGCCUCUGGCGCGAGAUCAUCGCCGAGUGCGACGAGCUCCUCGCCGUCGCGGAGCGGCUCCGCGCGCCGUUCCGGCGGGCCCUCGAGGAGCUCGCGGAGGCCCUGAACCUGCCCAAGCCCAGCGGCCGCGAGACGGACCGCGUGCGUUUGGGGCCGCUCAAGAAGCCCGUCCGCAUCUAUGCCAAGGCGCACGACGAGCGCGAGGGCUACGAGGGCUACUACGACGACGGCGGACUCGCGACGGCCAACGUCGUCGACGUCCUGCGAGCCACGCUCCUCUUCGACGACGCCCCGAGCCUCGUCGAAGCCCACGGGCUGCUCGCGCGGGGCGUCGGCGGCCUCGAGCUCGUGCGGACCAAGAACAAGUUCGCGUCCCCCGGUCCGACGCACAACCGCCAGCUCCUCUGCAACGUCCGCGUCCGCGAGAGUUCGGACGGCGUCGAGCUCAGCCAGAUCGCCGAGAUCCAGCUCCACCUCUCGGCCAUCGCGAGCUGGGACAAGGAGAGCCGCGCGCACGAGCACUACGAGUACUUCCGCCGCGAGCUGAGCGGCGUGGGCCUCGGGUCGAACCUCGAGGACUUCCUGGACAAGACCAUGUCCGUCUACGCGAGCAUCUGCGAGACGCCCGUGCGCCUGUCGCUCCUCAUCCUCGUGCUCGAGGGCGCGGCGACGCGCGAGAUGCCGACGUCCGUCGGCGACCUCUACCGGCGCGCGGUCGACGUCGCGCUGCGGGACUACGUCGACGGCGACGGCCGCCUGGUCGGCCGCGAGGCCCUCCAAAACGUCGCCGUGGCCAACUUCCGGCGGAGCCAGGGCGGCGGCCUGGACCGCAUCUUCGACGAGCAGUACUUCAAGAGUACUUCAAGAGUACACACCACUGUCCCCAUAGGCCACCUAUCGAACAUCCUGGCCAUCGCCGCGGACCUCGCCGACGUGAGCGAUUUGCUCCUGGGCGGCCGCGAAGUCGCGAUCCCCGUCGGAAGGCUGGACGGAGGCGAGCCGCCGCACCUCUUCCUCAUCCUCGCCGGAUGCCGCAUCGGUCCUCGGUCCCUCGACCUCCGCGGCCACGGCUCGGGGCUCAAGUCGACGCUCAAAUUCGUCUCGAGAUGCGCGGGCCUCGAGGAGCUCCGCCUCGGCGGCACGAGCGUCUGCGGCACGCUGCGCCACCUGAGCGGACUGGGGGCGCUGAGGGUGCUGGAUUUGGACGGGACGCUGGUGCAGAACAGCUUGCGGCCCCUCGAGGACUGCCGGGCGCUGGUGGAGCUGCGGAUCCGCGACGCGCGGCUCGGUCUCGGGCCUCCGAAGAACCGCGGCGUCGGCGCGACGUGGCGGCGCGUCCACGCGGACCUCGAGCCCCUCGUGAAGUUGAUGAAUUUAGAGGUCCUCGACCUCUCCCGGAACGCGCUCGGCGGGUUGCUCGCGCCGCUCGCCGCGUGCCAUCGGUUGCGCUUCCUGAACCUGAGCCACACGAGCGUCGGCGGGGAUGUCGGGGGGCUGGAAGGGCUCGAACGGCUCGAGGAUCUGCACCUCUGCGGCUGCGAGCGGGUCACGGGCGGCUUUGAGGUUUUUGGUCGCUUGGCGAACCUCGAGAGGUUGGAUUUGGAGCGGACGAAGAUCGUCGGGGAGAUUGGGGGGUUGGCGGGCUGCGCGAACCUCGUGCACGUCAACCUGCGGCGCCUCCCGCCGAUGCUCAAGGGCGACAUUUCCGUCUUGGGUGGGCUAGGGAAGUUGGAGACGCUGGCCAUCUUCCUGACGGUCGUCGAGAUUCCCGAGGGCUACGCGCCGCGCAAGCUCGCCGCCGACGUCGAGAAAGCGACCGCCGCGAAGACCGCCAAGGGCCUCAAGGGCACGGCGAAAGAUGUGGGCCGACGAGAAGACGCCAACGCAAACCGCGUGACGCUCCUCAAGGUCCACGUCCGCGAGGCCCAGCACCUCAUCGGUCGCUUCGAGGAGGGGAAGAGGCAGAAUCUCAACGGCGCGGCGCGAUUCGCCCUC